AUGUCACAGGUGCAUGGCCAGACCUCGCAGUCACGGCGCCCCCACACCAACCAUCGACCCGUCAGGGCAGACAUCCGCACUGUGUCCUUCAGGCUCAAACCAGAUCCCCCCCACAGCCGACUAAACCAUGAAUUUCCAACCAACUACAUCCGCACUGCAAAGUACACCUUCUACAACUUCAUCUUCAUUAACCUGUUCAACCAGUUCAGCCGGGUCGCAAACCUGUAUUUUCUUUUCAUAGCAGCCCUCCAGCUCAUUCCCCAGCUCUCGCCCACCAGCUGGGUCACCACCAUCGCCCCGCUGCUGUUCGUGCUGAGCAUCAACGCCGCAAAGGAGAUCUAUGACGACUACAAUCGUCACAAGAGCGAUGGGGAGGUGAACAAUCGGGAGGUGGACGUGCUGCUAGCUGGAAGCAAGCCAGCGGUGUCCAAAUGGCAGGACCUCAAGGUUGGGGACAUCGUGAGGGUUAUGCGGGAUUCCGAGUUCCCAGCGGACAUCCUGUUUCUGUCCUCCCCUGAUGACGAGGGCCUGUGCUGGGUGGAGACGGCAAACUUGGAUGGGGAGACUAACUUGAAGCUGAAGUACUGCUACCCUGCGACUGAGGCUUGCAAAGAUGCUAGAGAACUGGCCAAGGAGCUAGAGGGCAAGCGGCUGGAGUGCGAGCACCCAAAUGAAAAGCUGUACCAGUUUGAGGGUGCGGUUGUGGGCAGCACAGAGGAAGGCCUGGAUGCCUCCAACCUGUUGUUGCGGGGUUCCACCCUACGCAAGACAGAAUGGGUACUCGGUGUAGUUGUGUUUUCAGGGGAUGACACAAAGAUACGGCGCAACCAACAAGCGGCACCCCGAAAAGUCACACAGCUCGAGCGCCAUAUGAAUGUGCUGGUCUUGGUGGUCUUUGCUGUGCAGGUGGUGUUUUCUGUUGGAGGUGCCAUUGGGCGGCACUACUGGCUGCAGCAGCACGGUGACGACUGGUACCUGGAGGCCUCCAGGGGGUGGCCCGAGUUUGGGCCCAACACGCAGGGUGCCCUGGUGACCUUCCUGCGAUUUGUCAUCCUCCUAAAUCAGAUGAUCCCAAUCUCCCUGUAUGUCACCCUGGAGGUUGUGAAGGUCGCACAGUGCGUGUUCCUUAACUGGGACUUGGAGAUGUACCAUGAGGCCUCUGACACGCCCUUCAAGUGCAGGACCACCACCUUGAAUGAAGACCUGGGUCAGGUGGAAUAUGUGCUGUCAGACAAGACAGGCACUCUCACUCAGAACGUGAUGGGCUUUGUAUGGGCCAGCAUCGGUGGCCACUUGUACGGUAGAGACACACGGAGCAUGCCUGGAGAGCUCUGCCUUCCCAAGGGGCUUAAGCUCGACACGCCUCACUCCAUCGCCCUGGACCCCAUCAUCAGAAAAUCGAUUGAGAGGAGGUCAUCCAGGAGGGUGCACCAGGAGAAUGGGCAGAUGGGACUCACAACAGGGGACUUCUUUUUCCACUUGGCUGUGUGCAAUACAGUGGUGCCCACAAUUGGUGAAGGCAAUGAGCCUGUGUACCAGGCAGAGUCUCCCGAUGAGGAGGCCUUGGUCCAAGGUGCCAAGUAUUUGGGGUACACUUUGAUGGCUCGCUCAGUGGACUCUGUCCAGCUCAACGUGUUGGGCCAAAGGGUGGACCUCAAGGUUUUGGCAGUGCUGGAAUUCAACAGUGCAAGAAAACGGAUGAGCAUAGUUUGCCAGCUGCCCAAUGGCAAGAUCAGGCUCUACUGCAAGGGUGCAGACACAGUGAUAUUGGCAAGGCUGGCAGACAGGAGGCAGAACCGCCAGGCCACGCGCGAACACUUGAACGAGAUGGCCAGUGCAGGCCUGCGCACGUUGGCUGUGGCCCAGCGUGACCUCAGCGAAGCAGAGUUCAAUGAGUGGUAUGACAAAUACCACAAGGCCAGUGUAUCCCUGGUUCAGAGGGAGGCGAAGGUGGAGGAGAUGGCGGAUGAGAUCGAGCGCAACCUGGUGCUCCUCGGAGCCACUGCAGUGGAAGACAAACUGCAGGAUGGUGUGCCCGAGGCAAUCGAACGCCUAUCCCGAGCAGGCAUCAAGGUGUGGAUGCUGACAGGUGACAAGCUUGAAACGGCCGUCAGCAUCAGCCACUCUUGUUCCCUGUUCACAGCGGGCAUGAAGGUGGUGACCCUGAGGGAGGAGGACUUUACUGAGUUGGCAAAGGCAGAGUUGGCCCUGACUCAGGCACACCAGGACGUUGUACGACUUGCCAGCCAGCAGAGGACAGGCGCAGGGACUGGGAUAGGGCUGGUGGUGGACGGUGGGGCACUGGCAGUUGUCUUGAAGGUCAAGUUCCAGGACGAGUUUCUGAGCAUGUGCAAGAAAUGUCGAGCCGUUGUGUGCUGCCGGGUCUCCCCAAUACAGAAGGCACAAGUGACAAAUUUGGUCAAGUGCAAAGCGGGUGCGAUCGCCCUGGGAAUCGGAGAUGGUGCAAACGACGUGGGCAUGAUCCAGGCAGCGCACAUCGGAGUGGGGAUCAGCGGGCGGGAGGGCAGGGCUGCAGUGCUUGCCAGUGACUUCUCUAUGGCACAGUUCAGGUUCCUGUCUCGCCUGUUGCUGGUGCACGGCAGAUGGUCAUACAAGCGCAAUACAGAGGUGGUGAUGUACGCUUUCUACAAGAACUUUGCAUAUGUGAUGGCGAAUGUCUACCUCAACUUUUUCAUGGCAGGGUUCUCGACACAGCCCAUUUACAACUCAGCCCUCAUCGCAACCUACAAUGUGUUCUGGACCUCCCUGCCAACGAUCGCCUUUGCCAUUCUGGAGAAGGACGUGCAGGCAGAGACCGUGAUGGCGGCACCGGAGCUGUACAUGGAGGCCAUGCGUUCAGAUUGGCGCAGCUUCUUCAAGAGCCUGAGUCGGUGGCUAUUUUACGCUCUAGUGCACUCCGUGAUCACGUUCGUGUGGCCUAUAUAUGCACUAGACUGGCCUGAACGCGACGGGAAGUUGGUGGGGCUGAAUGCUGCUGGAGUGGCCGUGUACACGGCUGUUAUUAUCACGGUCAACCUCAAGGUGGCUGUCCGAACCCAUCAUUGGACAGUUAUCAAUGGCAUCGUCAUCUGGGGCAUCAGCAUUGGCGUGUGGUUCCCCUUUAUGUAUGUUUGCAGCCUCCUCUGGCAGUGGUGGGAGCUCCUGCCAGACAUGUCAGGAGUGGCCCAGAGGCUGUUUUCGGUGCCUGCCUUUUGGCUGUCUGCCGUUGUUGGCGCGCCCAUGUUCUCCAUCUUGUUGGAUUUCAGCGUCAUGGUGUUUGAGGACCAAUUUCGGCCGUCAGACACGCGAAUAUACCAGGAGCGCGAGCAAAAGCGUGCCAGACUGGCAUUGCAGGAGUCAACUUCUGCGGCAUCCACUGAGCUGUUUGCAGCCGGCAUGAAUGGGAUGGGACUUUCUCGAGGCGUUGCUUAG